AUGCCCGGUCAAUUCCUCCUAGACGCGAAUGCUGCGGAGAAUUGGAGGAAAUUUUUCAUGCAAUUUGAGAUCUACCUUGUUGCGAAAGGUAAAGAUGAUAAAGCGGACAAACUAAAGGUAAAUAUGUUGUUACAUUGUGCUGGACCAGAAGCUAUCGAAGGGUACAGUCACUUUGUGUUUACCGAUAAAGAAGACAAAGAUCGCUAUCAAGAUGUCUGUCGCCAAUUCGACGAAUUGUGCCAAGGUGCUAGAAAUGUAACGUAUGAGCGACUGGUGUUUAAUCACCGAAAUCAGAAGGAAGGUGAGAGGAUUGACAAUUUCUUCAGUGAACUGAAAAGACUGUCGUAAGCUUGUGAAUUUGGCGACCUUCGAGAUUCACUCAUUCGUGAUCGUGUUGUUGGAGGAGUUUUGUCAGACGAAUUGCGAGGUGAACUGCUGAAGAAACCAGAUUUAACGCUGCAAACUGCUCAUGAUUAUUGCCGUACAUUAGAGGCAGCCGAACUACAGAAAUACAAGUUUAAUACACCAACAGUUGCGGGUUGCGGACGUUCACUUCACCCUCUCAGGAAGGUAAAGGUUCAAGAAAAGACAUCCGCUCGUAACUGUAAAUUUUGUGGUUACAGGCACCCAUUUACUCAGCCACCUCGCUGCCCAGCUCUUGAAAAGAAAUGCAACAAGUGUAAGAAGGAAGGUCACUUUGCACAAGUGUGCAAAGAAUUAAGUGCUGAAGGUUACGUUCACAACUUGCAGCUGUGGAACAUGAGCCUCCAAUGA